ACCGUUGGAAAUCUGUUUUCCAAUCCACGCCCUGUCGUCUCCGCUGGACCUCCUCGUCGACCACUGGAACUGGAUCAGUCAGUUCCAGCCUUCCCGCGAUGUGUUCCUGCGCCUGCGCGCGCCUCCUCCCCCCGCUCUUCAGCCCCGCUCCAAGCCCAAAGCCCAGACCCGCCUUCCCGCACGGCCCAACGCCAGCCCGGAGCCGCGCCGUCGUCGCGCUCGCGGGCGCAGCCUCCCGGGACGACGCGCCUGCGCCGCUGUCCGGCUUCGACUUCCUCGCGCUGAAGCGGGAGCUUGAGGAGGAGGAGGAGGAGGCAGUGGUGUCUGUGGAUGCGAAGGAAGGUGGUGGGGCUGUCAAUGAGGACGAUGGAGAGAGUGGGGCAGAGAGGAGUGCGGGUGGUACGAGGAGGCGGCGGCGGCGGCGGCAGAUGGCGAGGCGAUCGGCUCUGCUCGCGAAGCAGGUGAUCAGUGUGAGCUCGGCGCGGAGCCUCGGGUUCGUGUCGCAGCUCUGGAUCGACGCCGCCUCGUGGGCUGUUGCAUUGGUUGAAGUGAGGCCAAGCUUACUUUCAGGUGAAGCAGAGAAAUUCCUUUUUGAGGACAUCUAUCAGGUUGGAGACGUGGUGCUUGUUGAGAAUGAAUCUGUGAUCGAUAAUGAACAUAAACUGGUUGGAUUGCACAGCUUGGUGGGCUACAAUGUCGUAACUUCCAGGCGGCGCAAUGUUGGCAAGGUGCGUGGUUUCACAUUUGACAUCAGCUCAGGCGCCAUGGAGUCUCUUGAGCUUGACUCAUUUGGGCUUUCGAUUGUCCCUUCUAGCUUGGUAAGCACAUACUGUUUAUUUGUCGAAGACGUGUUGGAUAUAGUCUCUGAUACAAUUGUGGUGCACGAAGACGCGGUCUCACGGGUUCAACGGUUAACGCAGGGCAUUUUGGGCACCCAAAACAUCCACGGCCCUGGUGGUGAGAUUGACGAGUACAGUAGAAUUGGGGGGAGGAGGAGGAGGAGAGCAAACGGCCAGGGAAAGUCCGGUGGCCGAGAACUCCGCAGGGAAGCGAGGCACCAGGAGGAUGACUGGGAGCUGCCGAUGGACUAUUGACACACCGUACCGGUUGCUUUCGUGCGGGAGCAGGAGGAGGAAACUUGCCGUGGUAGCAUUCUGUUUUGUGCAAAUCUUGUGUAGUUGUGUGCCGGAAUAGUCAAUAACGUGAUAUGCUUUAGCUGUAGUAUACAUGUACCAUAUCGGAGGAUUACGAAUUCAGAAAAGACGAAAGGGCGGUGCCCCUUUCAGCCUGGUCAUAGUUUGGUCGCUUUGGCCCGGUGGGUUAGUGAAAAGCGAGAUGGUACCCCUUUUGACUUCCCCGACACUGGAUGAAUGUAGAGGACUACUAUCUGUAAUCAUUCAGUGAUGCAAUACCCUACUGGUAUUCAGUGACGAGUACUGGUGGAGGCGA